AGAACUAUGGAGAGAAUUAAAGAAGACAAAAUAAAAAACUUCCAUAUCUUCCAAUAUAUUAUUCUCUUUCUCUUUUUGUAUUUUCCAUUUUCUCUCUGUUUAUAAACUUCUCUUUCUGCUUUUUAUCCCUCCUCCUGAAUAUUUUCCUCUCUGUUUUUUUUUUUCCCGGGAAAGUUUCUCCUUUUUUUGUUUCUUUUUUCCCGGAAGGAGAGGUUUUGUGAAUACCCAUCUCGAGGUAAACAAGAUUAUAUAUAUACCCAUCUUGAAAAGAUACAUCCUUUUGGGUUUUUGGAAUCACUCACCACUCAUCUCCUCUGUUUUAGCUUUGCUGAAACUUUUUGGCAAUUAGCUAACGGCAAAGUAGUUGUUUCAGGGCUUCUGACUCUUUAGUUUACAUGUCUUGUGUAAUUCAAUAGGAGAAUGAAUCAAAAGGUUCAUGCUUUCACUAGAUUCUAAAGCUAGGGUUCUUCUUGGGAACCUACUUACUCUGUCUCUACAUUAGCCUUUGAGAUUGGGUUUGUGUCUAAGCCAUGGAGUCUUCCCUUGAUGCAUGUUCUUCAGACCCUUUGACUAGAACGGUGAAAAGCGAGAACAUGUUGUUGUUACUCGAGGAUCUUUCUUCCCAAAGGAAGACGGUGAAAGAUCUCCACUUGGAGCUCGAAGAGGAGAGAAACGCUGCUGCAUCAGCAGCUAACGAGACAAUGUCGAUGAUACUUAGGUUGCAGAGAGAAAAGGCUGAGAUACAGAUGGAAGCUAGGCAGUUCAAAGCGUUUGCUGAGGAGACAAUGACGCAUGAACAAGAAAAGGUAGCGGCUUUGGAGGAGCUGGUGUAUGAGAAAGAGCUGGCUAUCGAGGCCUUGUCUUAUGAGGUCGAAGCUUACAAGGAUAUGCUGAUGAGCUAUGGGAUAACAGAAGCAGAGAUGAAUGAUCAGAUAGACUCUAGCACGUGUGAAUACCCGUGUGAAUACACUUCUUUGAGAUGUAGUGUGGAUGAUGAGAACCUGAGUGGACCAGAUGGUGAUGUUGAGGUUGUGGAGAAGGUGAUGGUUGGUCAGUCUCCAAGAUGGUCAGUAGACUCUCCUAUGUCUAAUAGUAAUGAUAGAGUUUAUACUAUCGACUCAGUUCAUGAAGUGAAGAUUGACGAGGAGCCUAGUAAGAUGAGUAAGGGAACAGCGUUGAACGGUGAUCACUGGAAGUCUCUGACUCAGCAAGGAGUUAACGAGACAGAUAAUGAGAAGCUAUACACAAGGCUUCAAGCACUUGAGGCUGACAGGGAAUCACUGAGACAGGUCAUUGUAUCGAUGCGGACUGACCAAGCUCAGCUGGUGUUGCUGAAAGAGAUCGCACAGCAUUUAUCAAAGGAAACUGUCACAAGGCGAAACCCGGUUAGCAAAAUACCGUUUCUGAAAGCGUUCUCUGUAGGAACGGUCUUCAAGUGGAUUGUGUCUUUCGUUUCUUGGAGAGAGAAAGGCAAACAAAACAAGUAUGUGUACAAUCUGUCAGCAAACAAUAUGGGGAUGCUUAUGGUUCUAGGCGAGGGAUGUCCAACUAGAAGAUGGAGUUGCAUAACAAGUUCACAAGUCUAGAGACAUCCAUUAGUUUUCUCUCCUGUUAUAGCUUAGUGCAAAUUGAUUGUACAUUUUCUCUUUAUUGCAUGAAGACAUCCAAUCAAAACAUGUAUAGAUGAUUCUGAUUCUUGUU